CAUCACUGUUUGAUCCUCAUUGUGUCAGUGUCGCUCUUCUGUUGAUCGGGUCAGAACUCUCAUUUUGUGGAUCCCAAAGAGGCGUUUCUCCCUUGCCCGCCCAAGUGGUUGAUUUUCGUGGUCCACUCGUACCCAGUCCCGCCUUUCACAAUGGCUUUAAGCGACGCCGAUGUGUCCAAACAGAUCAAGCAUAUGAUGGCCUUCAUCGAUCAGGAGGCCAACGAAAAGGCCGAGGAGAUCGAUGCCAAGGCCGAAGAGGAGUUCAACAUCGAGAAAGGGCGUUUGGUUCAACAACAGCGACUCAAGAUUAUGGAGUUCUACGAGCGCAAAGAGAAACAGGUCGAGCUGCAAAAGAAGAUCCAAUCGUCGAAUAUGUUGAACCAAGCUCGCUUGAAAGUGCUCAAGGCUCGGGAUGAUCACGUGUUGUCCGUGUUAGAGGAGGGCAAGAAGCGGAUGCUCCUCAUCUCACAAGAUCAGGCCAAGUACGCCCAAUUGAUCGAAUCCCUCAUUGCUCAGGGUUUGUGUCAAUUGAUUGAGGGUCAAGUGACGAUCCGUUGUCGUCAGGUGGACAAGACCUUGGUGGAAAAUGCCGUGACUCCGGCCGUCAAUAGCAUCAAAGACGUCAUCAAACGAGAUUGUCAGGUCAAGGUAGACAAUGAGAACUUCUUACCGACCAAUUGUGCUGGUGGCAUCGAGUUGUACACGCAAAAGGGCAAGAUCAAGGUGGACAAUACCCUUGAGGCUCGUUUGGCCAUGAUCGCUCAACAGAUCAUGCCCGAGAUUCGUGGCGCGCUUUUCGGAGCCAAUCCCAACCGCAAAUUUACUGAUUAGACGCCGCGUGUUGGUUUAUGAUUUCCAUUGAACUUGUUUUGAUUGCAUUUGCUUGAUCAACCUUAUCGUUGUCUCUACUAUUCAUUGUCGUUGUUGCUUUCGCUUGAAAGUGGCCAUGGUUUUCCGAUCUGAUAUGGAACAUGUUGGACAAUUAUAGAUCUCCAACUAAAA